CUUGCAUCUCCAUUAUCAGUACUACUUCUUACACGUUCAAGAUGUCUAGCAACGGAAAAGAUUACACGUACACUGGUCAUGGUACCAACGACCAGGCAAUCACUACUGCUCACGCGACUACGGUAGCAGCGGUACUGGAUACCACUAUUCUAACAACGACGGGAGUUAUUACUACAACAACCCGAAUGGGUCCCACUUACUACAACAGUGGCACAGGGUACUCGCAGUACACUACUCCCAGCGGACAGACUCAUAAAUCCAACGGUUCCUCGAAGUGAUUCUAGGUGUCGCAAAUUUCCGAAAUCGAUUGUAAUCAGGAACCGUUGGUAUCACGUUACAAUUGGAUUACAAUGAUGCUAUCAACCUUCAUGUAAUCAUUAUAGCGGAGUUUCAAUCGAUUACAAUGCGGUUACAACGUUAUGGAUAUCCUACAGCUCGC